AUGCACAUUCAGCAGACAUUACUGGGGUCAUUUCUCGUUUCUUGUGCUUUCGCGCAGGACUUGAGUGUCCCGAGCUCCUGGAGAGCAAGUUUUCCCUCGGCGAAGCCCAGCAGCUCCCUUGAUGUCUCCGAGCGCAUUUCAAUCGCGCAGAAGGCCAUCGACGCGAUCACGCCACAUUUCAACACCGAGUCGAGCGAAUUCACCGGUAUCGGAUAUUGGCAGUCAGGCAAUGUUUUCUCCGCCCUCGCUAAUAAAGACAAGACCACUGGGACGACGACCAACCAGGAGUUUGUCAUCAAUAAUCUGGACGCUGUCUUCAAAAAAUAUGCGCAUUAUGAUAAAUAUGGGUAUGCUCCUUUUCUGAGGCCAUUAUGGUGGCUAAUUUCAUCGCACAGAUAUAACGACGACGCGUUGUGGUGGGCUCAAUCGGCGAUGUAUGCCUAUCGCGCUUACCAAGAUCAAAACAUGCUUGCACAUGCCGUUGAUGUCUGGACACAUGUUACCGGCUAUGUCGUCACUCCAGAGCAAGCCGAGUCUGGCAAAAAUCCGUUGAAGACCAUCACAAUCAAGUCAACUUGCAACGAGAAGACCAUGGCAGGAGGCGUUUUCUGGACAACCAACCCGAAAGACGCAGGGAUCAACUCAAUCACUACCGGCCUCUACACCACACUUUCUGCUUUCCUCGCUGAAGCCUUUGGCACAGAAGAGUACUCCAAGGCUGCGAUUCUUAGCGCCACUUGGAUGAAGAACCAUCAAAUCAACGCAAACAACAUCAUCUCUGAUACAACCAGCGCUGAUUGCUCAACCGGGCACGGGACAUACACGUAUAACAGCGGCAAGUAUAUCGAAGGCCUCAGCGUUCUUGCGGCCGUGACCAAAGAUUCUUCGUGGACUACAUUAAUGACCAACAUCAUCAACGCGGCCGUCAAAUCAUCUGCAUGGCAAGGCUCUGACGGUAUCAUCACCGAAGGGACUAGUCCCAAUGCCAACUCGGAUGGGGUCGGCUUCAAAGCGAUAUUCAUCCGUGGCCUCCAUGAAGCGUGGUACCGCAACCCUUCCAACUCUGGCCUUCGGACGCUCAUCCGCAGUUACGGCGAUGUGCAAUAUAACGCGCUCUCCGAUUUGGCGGCCAAUGGGAGCACUUAUUCGUCCAACUGGCAUGGCCCACCUCAGGCAUUUACUUCGUGGGGCCAGCUUGCUGCAUUGGAUGUACUCCCUUCUACCAAGAAUCCAGUCCCGGCAGAUGAUUCUGAAACAGAGGACGACACAGACGAAGAGUGGCAUGCGAAGGCAAUUACUGCCAAAAGACAGUCCAAGACGCACUCUGCAAGGUCACCGACUACAGCUGCACCUAACCCGCACCGUCCUUCCCCAGAUACCAACAACAAUGAAGCAUCGACCUCGGCCCCAGUCAUCGUCGUCCAUGAUUCCGAUUCUGACUCCAACUCAGAACUCAUUCCACGACCGAGAUACGCUUCGCGCCCGCUACCAAUGAAACGCCUCGCGAAAGCCAAGGCCGGGGGGACGGUCUUUAGGUUGGAAAAGCGUGCUAUAGCGACACAGGGAAUACUCAAAAGUAUUCCUGAUCGUGCUCAACUCGAAGCGGAGCGGCUGGCGCGCCAGAGGAAGCAUUUUAUCACGCGGGAGGAGGGCCACGGUGGUGAACCAGAACCAAAACGCCCCAAGACAGUAUCGUCCCAUUCCCCUGGUCCUGCUACCGCAACCACAACCUCCAUGGGCUACCGCAGGUUUAGAAGCGGAGUCGUUCUUCCUACAUUAACCAUGAUCUGCGAUCCCCGUGCCGAUGGUCGACAGUCGAUAACCUUUUCUGAUGUUCUUGGUCUAAGCCCCAACGAUCCCGACGCUACUCUUGAGCUUGCAAUCAUCUCCUCGUAUACUGCGGCCCCCAUCUGGCUUGCUUCAUUCUUUGCUUCCGAAACUCCGGUUAUUUUCGUCGCAGAAACUGGCUCUGAAGAACUUACAGUGAAAAUGUCUCACACUUCCUGGGUCCAAACUGCUCCGAAGAUGAGUCAGCAUGCUUGUAUGCACAUGAAGUAUCUCGUGCUACUUUACAAGUCUGGACGUCUCCGUGUCGUAGUCAGCACUGCCAAUUUGAUCGAACUGGAUUGGACUAUCCUCGAAAAUGCUGUUUUCAUCCAAGACGUUUAUCUGAAGUCCGACACUUCUAUACCCAACAGUCAAGGCUACCAGACGGAAAAUAAGUUUGCCAAGAUAUUAGAAGAUGUUCUACAGGCCACGAAUGUCACUCCUGCGCUGGAUAUCAUAAGACAACAGAAUCCACACUUGACACUGACUGCAAUUUCGGAUUUAUCUAAACGGUGGAAUUGGAGUGGCGUUCGUGCAGAGUUAGUUGCAAGUAUACCCGGCAAGUACCAAGGAUGGAAGGCGAUACAGAAGACUGGUCAUCCUCGUCUUAUGUGUGCCCUGAAGGCUUUGGGACUCAACGUCGAUGCUGAUAGCAAAAGUGACAUAAGUUUGGCGAUAGAGUGUGGUGGUUCGAGUAUUGCGGCCUACACCACUCAAUGGGUCAAUCAAUUUUACCGAUCCGCUUCCGGCAACCGAUCUUCUCUGCAUAAAUUCAUGUCGUUAUCGGAUAACAAACGCAAACAGUCCCCAUACCCCGCCGGCGUCAAGAUCCUAUUCCCGACCUUCAAGCACGUUCUACAGACCGGCGAACAUGGCGCUGGGUCGCUUUAUUGUACCCGCAAGAAAUGGGAGGCCAAGAAUUUCCCCAGAUCAGCUUUCCGCCACUUGCACAGCAGUGCUGGACCCUCAUUAAUGCACACCAAGAUGAUCAUCGCUUCGUUUGGCGGCGAAGCAUCGGACGCUGCCGGUUGGAUGUAUGUGGGCUCACAUAACUUUACUCCAGCCGCUUGGGGAAAUUUGAGUGGUGAUGAUACUUCGCCAGUUCUGAAUGUCAACAACUUCGAGCUGGGAGUCGUACUGCCUCUCCAGACACCAGAGGAGCUGGAUCACAUGUCUGCUUGGGAGCGGCCGCCAAAGAAGUAUGAUACUGGGGACACGCCUUGGUUCCAGGAUGAGGCCCGAGGCAGUGGUGGCAUGCAAAGUCUUUUGAACUUCCUCGUGCCAUAUUCCGCCAGGAUGUAG